AUGGGAUUUGGUAGAUUCGCUUCUGCCUUUUCUAUCCUAUGGUUAUUCUUCAGGCCUUCCAUUUUUGCCCAAGAACCCUGUAAGGAUGAUGAGUCGCUUGUUCUUGCCUUCUUGCAGAAAAUGGGCUUAAACCCUUCUCAAGAAAACAACUCAUUCUGCUUAGGAACAAGAAUCUCCUAUGAUGCCAUGGGAAAAUAUAUCGUGAUGUUGGAUUUUUCCGAUGUGGGUUUAUCGGGUGACGUUCCUGAUAAAACCAUUGGGAGGCUUUCAAACCUUGAAUCUUUGGAUCUUAGCAGUAACAAUAUCGCUUCUUUGCCGGGUGAUCUCUGGAGCUUGCGCCGUCUAAAAAAGCUUGAUCUUUCGUUUAACAACAUAUCUGGGUUUAUACCCAAUGGCGUGGGCAAGUUGGUUCAUCUUCAAAGCUUGGACCUUUCUUUCAACCAUUUUCAUGGCAGUAUACCUGAAGCUAUAGGCUCCCUUGUCAAGCUGCAAGCUCUAAAUCUCAGUAACAAUCAACUUGAUUCGGAUAUACCGUUGCAAAUUCUGAAAUGCAGGUACUUGGUGUAUCUUGAUCUCUCAUCAAACACCCUCACUGGCCCUCUUCAUAAUGGUUUUGGGGCUGCAUUUCGAGAGCUGCAGUUCUUGAACCUGGCUGGGAACCGUAUUACGGGCAGGGCUUCGGAUUUAGUCGGCCUCAAGUCGAUUCGAGUUUUGAAUAUCUCUGGGAAUGUCUUCAGGGGUUCUGUGGUGGGUGUUUUCGAAGGACUAACUGAGGUGAUUGACGUGAGCAAGAACCGUUUUCAGGGUCUUAUGGGUCAGCUGAGAUCAAACUCCACAUUCAACUGGUCGAAUUUGGUGUAUUUGGACAUAUCUGGGAAUCAGUUCAGUGGGGUGUUUUCGACUCGCAUUAGUCUUUUCGCUGUGAAUCUCAAGCACCUCAACCUUGCACACAACAGAUUUGCAAAGCAACCGUUCUUGCGAGUUGACAUGUUCUCCAAUUUAGAGUACCUCAAUCUGUCAGGAACCAAUAUGAUUGGCCCUAUCCCCAGCAAUAUCUCGUUUUUAAGAAGCUUGAGACUUCUUGAUCUGUCCCAUAACAAUCUCACCGGCCGAAUUCCGUUGAUUCCUACAGCAAACCUUAAAGUCCUCGACCUUUCUUACAAUAACCUCACCGGAAACAUCCCCUAUACGCUCCUGCAACACCUCCAUAACUUGACGACAUUCAAUUUUUCUUACAAUCAGUUGAACGUCUGCAUCGGCCUCUAUAACUCGUCUUUUGUCGGGCUUACUAAAAGCUGUCCUAUAGCCGUCGACUCCUCUGUUUUCCGGAAGAAAUCUCCGAACCACAAAGCUCUGAAGCUGGCUCUGGUCUUAACCGUCUCAUUGUCCUGUCUCGUCUCGGGCCUUCUCCUCGUAGCCUUCGGGCUCUGUUACCAAUCCAAACGCAACCCUGCUAACGAGGAGCAGCCGGCCGUCUCGGGUCCGCUUGCGCCCCAGACGAGUCCUGCCUCGUGGGCUGCUAACAUCCGGCAGGCCCCAUCCGUGCCUGUCGUGAUUUUCCACAAGCCGCUGCUCAACCUCACGUUCGCAGACCUCCAGCAGGCGACCUCUGGCUUCGACCGUCACACGCUGCUGGCCGAGGGCCGACUGGGGCCUGUCUAUGGCGGGCUGCUUCCGGGCGGGCUCCACGUAGCAAUCAAGGUCAUGGCCCGUGGACCCACCGCGUCCGACCAGGAGGCCACCCAAGAGCUCGAGCGCCUCGGCCGGAUCCGACACCCCAACCUGGUCCCGCUAGUGGGUUACUGCCUAGCUGGCGAGCGGAGGAUUGUGAUUUACGAGUACAUGGAAAACGGGAACUUGGAGAGCCUGCUUUACGAUCUGCCUCUAGGUGCCCGGACAAGUGAGGAUUGGAGCAAUGAGGCGUGGGGGCAUGAGGGCCCACUGGUGACGUGGGGGUUCAGGUACAGAGUGGCGCUGGGGACGGCCCGGGCCCUCGCAUACCUCCACUACGGUUGCUCGCCACCGAUCGUCCACAGGGACCUGAAGGCAAGCAGCGUGUACUUCGACUCGCAGCUUGAGCCGAGGCUGUCAGAUUUCGGGCUUGCUGGGAUCUUCAGGAGCGGGCCUGAGGACGAGAGGGGUAGGGGAUAUGCGGGCCCUGAGUUUUUCGGGACCGGGAGCAGCUCGCCGGUGGAGGCGACCAAAAAGUCGGACGUAUAUGGAUUCGGGGUGAUUCUUCUGGAGCUGAUCACGGGGAAAAGGCCUGUCGGGGAUGAGUGGAGGGGAGGGGAUUUGGUGAGUUGGGUGAGAGGAUUGGUUCGGAGUAAUGAAGGGUGGCGGGCGAUUGAUGUAAGAAUUAGUGGAACGGGGCCUGACGAGAAAAUGGUCGAGACCUUGAAGAUUGGAUAUCUAUGUACGGCUGAGGUCCCAUCGAAGCGGCCCUGUAUGCAGCAGGUUGUUGGUUUACUGAAGGAUCUUGAACCUGUUGAACAAUAA